AUGGCUGAUAGCGCACCCGAAGUUCCCGCGGAGGAGCGCCAAGAAGAUCCCGAUGUAGUCGAUAGGAAGGCAGAGGUUCUCGCGGAGCAGAUCAAGAAGAGCAAGCACUUCAUCGUUUUCACCGGGGCCGGCAUUUCUACUUCAGCCGGUAUUCCCGACUUCCGCGGCACCGAAGGCGUCUGGACGCUCAUGGCCCAGGGGAGACAGCGGCCGAGCGCGGUGAACACCCUCCAAGCUGUACCAACUGCUACGCACAUGGCUCUUGUCGAGCUACAGAAUAGAGGGAUAUUGAAGUAUCUGGUUAGCCAGAACUGCGAUGCUUUACACCGGAAGAGUGGGAUCUUACCUGAUAGGAUAUCUGAGCUUCACGGCAAUAAUAAUCGCGAGUACUAUUUCCGAGCUGUCGCCUCGUAUGAAAAGACAGUCCACGAUCACCGCACGGGGCGGAAAUGCGUACGUUGCGGCGGGGACCUACUAGACAGCAUCGUCAACUUCGGCGAGUAUCUCCCCGCCGAGCCCCUAAGGCUUGCUCGCAACCACGCCAAGAAGACAGACCUGUGUCUCGUCCUAGGUUCUUCUCUCACGGUGCCCCCAGCGAGUGGAAUCCCGGAAACAGUUGGUACGAGGAAAGCUGCGAAACUUGUCAUCUGCAAUCUGCAAGAAACGCCACUGGACGGGCUCGUAGACCAACGUAUUUACUCAAAGGCGGACGAGCUGAUGACUCGGGUUAUGGCUAAACUCGACAUUCCCAUCCCACAGUUCAUUCUCCGCCGCCGCCUAAUUGUGCAGAUGGAGACGACAGGCGGGAGCCGGCACCAGCUGAAGAUCUGCGGUGUCGACGUCGACGGAACGCCCAUGACUUUCCUCCGCUCUAUAAAGCUUGACCAGUACUGUAGACGGGCAGCUUGUAUAGAGCCCUUCACCAUCAGUUUUCGCAGCGACUUAGAUAUAGGGACGGAACUGAAAUUAGAGCUGGAGUUUAUGGGGAACUACGGCGAGCCGAACCUAGAGAUUAUAUACUCGUAUACGGGCGAAGCUGGUACGGAAAUGAUGUAUCUCCUUGAAUAUAACCCACAGACCGGAGAAUGGAAGACGGAAAGGCAGGAGAGUCAAAGCGUCGAUGAAGAUAAGAAGCCUACACGACGAGGGAGGUAG